AUGGUGACUGGCAGCGGAGCUCGUGUGCCGACGCAGCUCGUGUCGAAAAGUGGGCGGACAUCCUCCUCACCCUUUGCUGGAUCCAAUGGCCUGCGCCUGCCAAUCAUGAACGGCAUUCCCAAAGCUGCAAAAGGCACAAGCAGACCAGCAAUAGAUCUCACAGCUGAUGGAAGCGAUGACGAGGUGCAGGUCACGGGCAGCAAGAAAGCGGAGCAGGAGGUAGAAUUAGACCGACGGAAGACCAACUCGCCAGUGUGCCUCGGUGUCCUUAAUGGGGUGAUCAUGUGCAUGUACGGUCUGCCAGAAUCGCUGCAGUACGAAGGCGACGCACCUCCAGAGAGCGUUCCACAACAUCCUGCAUUCCGAAGAGAACAUUGGCCCAGCAUCUCCCACUUCUGGUCUCAACCUGGCUACAGACCCAUUCUGCUGUCAUUCAGCAAUCGGCGAGGUCCUGAAACGGGCUCGACUCAGGUGGAUCUCGCAGUAAGCACCAUUCUUCCGCCCUUGAUGGUCAAUGCAAUCGCUCGUCAGCGAGCUGAGAAGGAGGGCAAGCCACCUCCACCUCCAGGAAAUUCCUCCCAGAUGCAGCCCGCAUUUGGCGCUUUGGCCGAGAAAUAUCGAAGAGCGCUGCUUCCAUUGCUCAACCGAGGCGACGUUAGGUGUGAAGCUCGUUGUAAACUUGUCAACAGUGCUCGUGGGGCUCUCUUCCUUCACCCCAUCGAGAUUUUGAUCUUCACGGAGCACAGCCGCAUGGGUACGGUGACAAGCGGCCUACUGCGCGAGGGCUGCAGCUUGGAGCAUCCGGUCAUCUACGAAGCUUUGGACUAUCCCGACUCUCCGCGUUUGAUUGUUCAGCAGCACGCUUUGCCUGCCCCUGCUGCAGUGGGCCAAGGCUCCAAUUUCUAUCGGCCUGACAUGCACCCAUCCGUAUUCACUGGCGGAUGGGGCGGGCAGAUUGUGCAAACCAAAGAGCAGACGGAAGAGGAGCGCAAACAGCAGGUAGAGACUGUGUAUGCGAGCUUGAGAAGUGGAGAAGAUUUGGAGGAGGUCGAAGCGAACAGUGUGGUCACUACCGACCUUUUCCCCCAUCAAAAGCAAGCUUUGGCUUUCUUACUCGAUCGUGAGAAGGAACGCUCAUUCGAUGUAUUAGAACGGAACGGCAAAUCUGAUGGCGCGACCAAUCAAGAAGAAGAGCCGAUCUCGCUAUGGAGACCCAAAAGGCGGCCGGGAAGCGGCAAGAUUGUCUCGUACACUAACGUGGUCACGAACGGUGAAACGAGUAGGCCGCCAGAGAUAUGUCGCGGAGCUAUCCUUGCGGACGACAUGGGCCUGGGCAAGACAAUCACCACAAUCGCCUUGAUCGCCAACAGCUGGAACGAAGCUAAGGCCUUUGGCAAGUCCAAAUUGGUCGAGCUCAACGGCAAAGGCGGAGACUCUGCGGUUGCUGCGAAGAAUGGCCAGAACCAGGCAACUGAUGAUGAAGAAGAAGGAUUCGCUAGUGGUCUGCCAGGCGCCCCGGCUGCCAAGACUGCCUCGAGCCGCAAGGGCAAAGAUCCUGCAAACAGCAAAUCACAAGCCAAGAAGGAUGAAGCUGAGCGUGCCCGCCAGAGCAACUUGCGCACUCGCAGCAGAGCCACCUUGAUUGUGUUGCCGCUGACCUUGGUAUCUAGCUGGGAAGAGCAGAUCAAAGAGCACUGGCAUAAUAAGUACCUGCCAAAGCGAUUGAUCUAUCAUGGUCAGAAGAGGAGUCAAGAUCCUAUCUGGAUUGCGAAUCACGACAUCGUUUUCACCACCUAUCCCACCCUAGCCAACGAGUUCUCGCGGCAAAAGGUGUGGGUGUCUGAUGUCGACGGGGGGGAGGAUACGCAAGAUGAUCCGGAAGGCAGCGAUGAUGAUAUUGUGCCAUUGGACAGCAAUGGUGUGCCUCAGUACCGCUCAAAGAGUUCCAAGAAAGGUGCGAAGAGGCGCAAGUCCGGACCAAUGGUCGAGUCCAAGAACCCGUUGCAGCGGAUUGAAUGGUUCCGAAUCGUCCUCGACGAGGCUCAUACGAUCAAAGAAGCCCGCACUUGGCAGAGCAAGGCGGUCUGCAAUCUUUCCGCCCAAAGGCGACUUUGCUUGACUGGAACGCCGGUGCAAAACCGAAUGGACGAUCUUUACUCGCUCAUCAAAUUUCUUCGACUCGAGCCUUUGAAUGAUCGGGCGAUCUGGAAUGAGUUCUGUGGAUCCAAGGAGAACAAAGGCAGCUUGCGCGCUGCAGGCAAGGACCAAAACAAUGGUCCGCUGGACAGCACAGCGCUGCGACGAGUUCAGACCAUCAUGAAGUUCUUGACCCUGAGGCGUUCCAAGGACGGCAAGCGCAAGGACGGCUCGCGUUUGCUCAACCUGCCGCCGAAGUACAACCGGACCAUGCUGCUGCAAUUCACGGAGCACGAGCGUGCCGUCUACACAGAUAUGCAUCAAAGCUUCAAGGAAGAGAUAGAAGCGAUGAAGAAGACGGACUCCGUCAAGCACAAUUAUGCCACUAUCUUGCACGAAAUCUCCAAUUUGCGCAUGUCUUGCGAUCACUUUGCUCUCGUCGAUGACAGCAAGGACAGCAAGCGCAAGAAGGACGGUUCAGGCCGAUACGGCGUAGUCGAUGCCAUCAAAAAGGAUGGUUUGACCCGCCAGCGCGCCUUGGAGCUAUUCAAGCUCUUCGCCGACGAGGAACAUGCGUUGUGCAGCACAUGCGGAAUCGAUCUCACACACAUAGACACCGAGACUGGCAAAAUUUCUUCCUCUCCAGUUGUGACGAGGUGCCAACAUCUUCUCUGCACGCCUUGUUUCCGCCACAAGGCUGGUUCGAGUUGGCCAAAGGGAGCAAAGGCGGACCAGAAGGUCGCGUGCCCCGCGUGCGAUGUUGUUCUGGCGCCACUUACCGAAUGCUUGCAGCUUGCACCUGCUGAGAUUCAAGAAGACCCAGAUGAACCAAUUCAAGAGGAUGAAAUGGAUUCCGUCUCCUCUACUGGAGGCUUCUACGACGGUUCAUCCACCGGCAGAAGCUCUACUAGGCGCAAGCCCGUUUUUGGAGUCGAUGCAGACAAGCCUGUUCUGGAACGUCCUGAUCUGAGCACCAAGAUACAGGCUCUUCUCAGCGACCUGAUCCCCUUUUCGAAAUGCAACCCCGCAUCCUUACUUUAUGACGAAGAGGCGGCUCUGCUAGAUCACCAGGCGACGCCGUCUACGGACAAAGAACGUAAAGAGGAGACAAAGACGAGCAAAGAGCCUGUCGUGGUGGUUCAGCAUCCUUCUCUCAAGGCUGGUGGCCCGGCCAACAUCCUACCCAUCAAAAGUGUAGUCUUCAGUCAGUGGACCAAGAUGCUUGAUCGCGUUGCCAAUGCGUUGGAGCGCGCUGGCAUACGCGCAGCGCGACUGGACGGAUCGAUGCCGCGAGACCGACGAGCCGAAGAAAUUACGCGUUUCAAGGAGGAUCCUAGUGUGGAGGUUUUCCUGGUCAGUCUCAAAGUCGGGGGAACUGGACUGAACCUGGUCCAGGCGUGCCGAGCAUACAUUCUCGAACCGUAUUGGAACCCAGCAGCUGAGAAUCAAGGAUUGGAUAGAGUUCAUAGAAUGGGUCAAGUGAGACCCGUCAUCACCACCAAGUAUGUGGUAGCGAAGAGCAUAGAAGAGCGCAUGCUUGCGGUCCAAAAGCACAAGAUGGAGCUUGCUAGGUCUGUCGGAGAUCACGGCGAGCGCAGACGGGCAGGUGGAGAUCUUGCCAUGCUUCUCGACGAGAUGGCCAAGUCUUGA